GCCAUUUCAUUCCUGACACCUCUGGCUGUCAUUUUUGUGGUGAAAAUCAUCCGGCGUACAGACAGGACUGAAAUUAAAGAAGCUUUCUUAGCUGUUUCCUUGGCACUUGCUUUGAAUGGAGUCUGCACAAACACUAUUAAAUUAAUAGUGGGGAGACCUCGUCCUGAUUUCUUUUACCGCUGCUUUCCAGAUGGAAUAAUGAACUCUGAAAUGCACUGCACAGGUGACCCAGAUGUGGUGUCAGAAGGCAGGAAAAGCUUUCCUAGCAUCCACUCUUCCU